GUUGAGCUGCGCAGUCGGAGGAGUAAAUAGACAUCCCAUCCAACGAAAGCUCCCACUCCCCCUCCGCCCAUUACUCCCGCGGACCCUGCUCCCAUGGCCUCGCCGCCGCCGCCGCAGGUGGACGUCGACCUCGGCAAGCUCAGCUACGAGAUCUUCUCGUUCCUCGAGAGCAAGUUCUUGUACGGUGCCGGUGCCGGCGGCGGGGUGUGCUCGCUGCCUGGCACGCCGGGGAGGGGGCCGGUCGGUGGUGGGGGCGCGAGGGUGAGGGUGCUGGCCAUUGACGGAUGCGGCCCCGGCCCCGGGGACGCGCUGCUGGCCGCGGCCGCGCUGGCCCGGCUGGAGGCCGCGCUGCGGGCCAAGGCCGGGGACCCCGACGCCCGGGUCGCGGAUUUCUUUGACGCCGCGGCGGGGGCGGGGGCGGGCGGCGUGCUCGCGGCGAUGCUGUUCGUGAGGGGCGACGACGGGCGCCCCAAGUAUACGGCGGCGGACGCGCUGGCGUUCGUGGCGGCGAGCCUCGGGAAGGGCGGGUGGGGCGGCGGCGGUGGCGGGUGGCGCGGGAGGUGGGCCGCGCUGUUCCGGCGCGGGGAGAGGUCGUCGGACAAGUCGUCGUCUCUGUCGGCGUCCUCGUCCUCGUCGUCCCUCCGCCGGGUGUUCGGCGACGCGACGCUGAGGGACACGGUGGCGCCGCUGCUGGUGCCGUGCUACGACCUGGCCACGGGCGCGCCGUUCCUCUUCUCCCGCGCCGACGCCGUAGAGAGCGACAGCUUCGACUUCCGCCUCCGCGACGUGUGCGCGGCAACCUGCGCGGGAGGCUCCGCCGCCGCCGCAGUGCGCUCCGUGGACGGCCGCACGGCCAUCGCCGCGGCGUCCGGCGGCGUGGCAGCCAUGGGCAACCCCGCCGCGGCGGCCAUCACGCACGUCCUCCACAACAAGCAGGAGUUCCCCCUCGCCGCCGGCGUCGACGACCUCCUCGUCGUCUCCAUCGGCUCCGGGUCCUCCUCCGGCGGCACAGCCUCGGGCUCCGCCACCCCGUCGGCCGGCUGGCGCACGCCGAUCCCCCCGCGCUCCCCGUCCCCCGCCGAGAUGGUCCGGCUCACCGCUGAGGGCGUCGCCGACAUGGUCGACCAGGCCGUGGCCAUGGCGUUCGGCCACACCUGCGGCCGCAACUACGUCCGCAUCCAGGCGGCGGCGCCGGCGCACUCGAUCAAGGCGCUGCGGUCGCUGGAGGCGAAGAAGGUGGUGGCGAUCGCGGACGGGAUGCUGACGCAGCGGAACGUGGAGGCGGAGCUGUUCCGCGGGCGCCGGCUGUCGGAGAAGUCCAACCGGGAGAAGCUGGACGCGUUCGCGACGGAGCUGGUGAAGGAGCACGACCGCCGUAGGGACUCCCCGCCGGGGCUCCUCCCCAACGUGGCCAUCAAGCAAGUGUCGCCGACGCCCCCGCGGCUCUCCUCCGCCACCACCUCCUCCGCCGCCACCACCGGCACCACCGGCAGGACCGCGUCCACCAUCCCGUCGCCGGCGUCCACCCAGGACUCACGGCACUGACACCGAUCAAUCAAUCAUGCGACGUGGACGCAUCACCCUCCCAGUUUUGUACAUUGCGCGCCUACGGAAACAGAGGAAAUCGAAAUGCUUUUACGUGUUUUCCA